AUGGAGUACCGCCGCGCCUUCAUCGUGCACCCGCGCGACGAGUCUAAGCUCGACUUCGCCCCCCGCACCCCCGCGCGCCGCCGGCCGCGCCGCGUCACGUACGUGGACGACGACGUGAUGGGCGACAGCGUGGACGAGGACGGACCGCGCUCCUUCCACAUCCUGGACGCGAGGAUCCGUGAGGCGGAUGACGACCUCACCACCCUCCGGCUGGAGGAGGAGCAGGGCGACUACGACGACCAAGGCUUCGACGGCGGCUUCGACGGCGGCUUCGACGGCGGCUUCGACCGUGGCUUCGACGGCGGCUUCGACGGUGGCCUCGACGGGGUCAGAGAUGGCUCGGAACAGGGCCUCGGGCACCUAAGUUCCCCUGGGGUUUCCCCCGUCCUGAUAGCGCCCGCCUCGUGCCGCAUGGACAUCUUGGACGCCCAGUCCGACGCCAGUCCGCAGCUGGCCCUGGGCGCAUCCGCUUCGCCUGCGCCGGGCUCCGACACGGCCGGAGGAUCCACUCCUGGGGCGGAGCAGUACAACGACGCGGCGUUCUUGUCCACGCCCAUGCCCGUGUACCUGGCCUGCACCACGGCGCCGUACUACUGCACCGGGGCCAGCCCGCCCCACCAUCUCUACUUCGGCGGCUUCUGCCCGAACUGGUCUCCAUCGCACCAAGGCUACGCGCCGUCUCCGUACUGCCCCAGCCUGGCUCCCGGAGCAGCCCCUUCGGCCGGUGCAGGUGCCGCCCCCGCACCACCACAGCACGGACCACCUGCCUACUGCCCCUCCAUCCUGCCGCCGGUGCAUCCCAAGUCCAAGAACAGGGGCGCGGUGAAGCCCGGCGUCAAGAACAAGACGAACACGCCUCCGGGUGGCGGGAGCGGCGCGCCAGGCGGCUCUGACGCGUCCACGGCCACGGCCUCGUCGACCUCCUCUCAGACGAGGGCCUUCGUGGUGCUGGACCAGUCCAGGGGCGGGGCGGGCAACGACGCCAACAACAACGAGUCCUUCGACAAGCCUCCGACGCCGCCCGGCCCGUCAUCGGGUUACGAGUGA